AUGGGAGGUUUCAACAAACUCACAGACUUGGCCCAGCAACUCGCCGGCAAAGACCAAAGCAAUAAGGAUCAACAACAACAGCAGCAGCAGCAGCAGGACCCGUCAAUUCCCCAGACAACGACUACGACUACCACGAACGACCAGGAAUGGGCGGAGGUCGGGUCAGCCGCCAAAAAGGCCUUUGCUGGAUUCCAGGCGGAUCAAGCGGGCGGCAAGGGACCUGAUUACACCGAGAUUGGGGAUAUUGCGCAGAGGGCUUUUACGGCUUAUAACCACGGCGGCGGUGGUGAAGAGGGAAAGAAGGAUCUUGCUGAGAUUGGAAAGGGCAUCGCUGCUGGGUUCGGCGCUGGUGGUGGUGGUGGUGGUGAGAAGACGAAGGAGGAAGGGAAGUUGGGAGGGACUGCUGGUAAGCUGGAGGAUGAGGAAGAGACUGCUGGAGGUGAAAGUGAAGGUCAAGAUGGGGAGACACAGACCGACGCUCAAGGUGACGAUGGUCUGGCCGUUUCCAAGUCGAAUGCAGGGGUAACCACUGGCCUAGCGAGCAAGACGCUCUCUGGAGGAAAUUUGGACUUUUCUACUGAAAAACAGGGAUUGAACUCUCAGACCAAGCGAGAGGCUGGUGCCGGUACUGAUUUGGAGAAGGGCGGUUUGGGCGAGGAUGAAGGUGUCUUUAUUGGUGAUGAAGAACGCAGGACCGAUGUCACUAGGAGCGGCGAGACGACGACCUCCGGGCAAGGACUCGAUCGUUCGGGAGAGCAGCCUGUUGGCGGUAUUGGUAACGAAAAAGAGACUCUUGGGAACCAGCCGGUUAAGGGAUGGAUCGAGUGA